AUCCUCCUAUGCCUCUGUUGCGUCUCUCCACACAGCCGCCGAAGCAGACACGACCAAUCCGCCGCUGCUUUGUUGCGUUUCUCUACACUGAAACAGCCACCGAAGCAGGUUUCUUCUCCUAAUUUGGAAGCUUUAUUAGGGUUUUGGAGUUGGGUUUCCCUUCUUUUUCGUUUCGGUAUCAUCUUCCCACCCCUCUGGUUUACCUAAUUCGAGGUCGAAGUUUUGGUCUUGACACGUAUAUUCAAUUGGAUUCGAUUUCCUUUAAAGGGUUUGUUUGAUUUGGCUUUGUGGGUCUGAAUCGAGCGGUGCAGUCAAUUUUAGGCGAAUUUGAACUGUUCUUCUUUUAGGAAGGAACGAUGCAUGACUCUGAUACUACGAAACUUAGGAACAUAUGUAUCUUGGCACAUGUUGAUCAUGGUAAGACAACACUCGCUGAUCACCUUAUUGCUGCCUCGGGUGGCGGUGUGAUUCAUCCGAAAUUAGCCGGUAAGCUUCGGUAUAUGGAUUAUCUCGAUGAAGAACAGAGACGGGCCAUCACGAUGAAGAGCUCUUCUAUUGCUCUCCAUUACAAGGACUACUUCAUUAACUUGAUAGACUCCCCAGGCCAUAUGGACUUCUGUAGUGAGGUCUCUACAGCUGCCCGACUCAGCGAUGGGGCAUUGGUUUUGGUCGAUGCCGUCGAGGGCGUUCACAUUCAGACACAUGCUGUGUUGCGUCAAGCUUGGAUUGAGAGGCUGACCCCUUGUUUGGUUCUUAACAAAAUUGAUCGGUUGAUUUGCGAGUUGAGAUUGAGCCCGAUGGAGGCAUAUACCCGUUUGUUGAGGAUCGUUCACGAGGUUAAUGGGAUAGUGAGUGCGUAUAAGGCAGAGAAGUAUCUGUCGGAUGUCGAUUCUAUACUUGCUGGUCCUUCGGGUGAGCUGACUGAUGAGAAUCUCGAGUUGUUGGAAGAUGAUGAAGAAGAUACUUUUCAGCCUCAGAAGGGUAAUGUGGUGUUUGUUUGUGCAUUAGACGGCUGGGGUUUCAGCAUUCAUGAGUUUGCAGAUUUUUACGCUUCCAAGCUCGGUGCUAGUGCUGCUGCAUUGCAGAGAUCUUUGUGGGGUCCACGUUAUUAUCUUCCGAAGUCCAAGAUGAUUGUAGGGAAGAAAGGUUUAAGUGCCGGAAGCAAAGCAAGACCGAUGUUCGUGCAGUUUGUGCUUGAACCGUUGUGGCAGGUGUACCAGGCUGCUCUCGAGCCAGAUGGGGACCGAGCCAUGCUUGAGAAAGUUAUAAAGUCCUUUAAUUUGUCCAUACCACCUCGUGAACUUCAGAACAAGGAUCCGAAAAACGUGCUUCAAUCAGUCAUGAGCCGUUGGCUUCCUAUGUCUGAUGCUGUCCUGUCUAUGGUGGUCAAGCAUCUGCCAGAUCCCAUUGCCGCCCAAUCGUAUAGAAUUUCUCGGUUGGUCCCGAAAAGACAGAUUAUCGGCGGCGAUGUUGAUUCUGACAUCCUUGAAGAGGCGGAACGUGUUAGAAAAUCAGUAGAGGGUUGUGAUUCUAGGUGUGAAGCCCCUUGCGUUGCAUUUGUAUCUAAAAUGUUUGCUGUCCCGAUGAAAAUGAUUCCUCAAACUGCAAACCACAGGGAGAUAUCGAGCGGUUUGAACGAUGAAGAUACUAAAAUCGAGUCGGAUGAGUGCUUCCUUGCAUUUGUGAGGGUCUUCAGUGGUGUUCUCUCUGCAGGACAGCGGGUCUUUGUGCUUUCAGCGUUAUAUGAUCCUCUCAAAGGCGAGUUAUCUCAGAAAUACGUUCAAGAAGCGGAACUUCAGUCCCUAUAUCUAAUGAUGGGCCAAGGUUUGAAACCGGUUACAGAGGCAAAGGCAGGGAAUAUUGUGGCCAUCAGAGGGCUCGGGCCAUAUAUAUCAAAAUCUGCAACAAUUUCUUCAACUCGAAACUGUUGGCCUUUCUCAAGCAUGGAGUUUCAAGUUUCUCCCACCCUACGAGUAGCGAUAGAACCUUCUGAUCCGGCAGAUAUGGCUGCGAACCGAGCUGACCCUUUUGUGGAGGUAACGGUAUCUUCCAGAGGAGAACACGUUCUUGCCGCCGCUGGGGAAGUUCAUCUAGAAAGAUGCGUAAAGGAUUUGAAGGAAAGGUUUGCGAAAGUGAACCUUGAAGUGUCACCGCCUCUCGUAUCCUACAGGGAGACUAUAGAGGGGAACGGAUACAAUCUAUCGGAAAGCUUGAAAUCGCUCAGUUUAAGCUCGGAUUUUGCUGAGAAGGUAACUCCAAACGGUAGAUGCAUUAUCCAAGUACGAGUCAUGAAACUGCCUCCGGGUCUAACUAAGGUUCUUGACGAGAAUUCUGAAUUGAUCGGAGACAUAAUCGGAGGAAAGGGUGGUCAGAGUGUUAAGAUAAUAGACGGGCCACAAACUCUGAGCACCGGAGAUGACAUGGAUCCGGUUGAAGCUUUCAAGAAACUGUUAAUGGAAGCCAUUGAUAACGACAUCUCGUCUGAUGCUGCUGAGAUGGACAAGGAUCUGUCCGAGAAAUGUAAAGCUGAAUGGAAGAAGCUGCUCGAGAGGAUUUGGGCACUUGGGCCAAGACAAAUAGGACCUAACAUCCUCUUCACUCCCGACAGCAAACGAACUGCCACCGACACAGAGGAAUCCAUUGUCGUGAGAGGUUCUCCUCAUGUUUCUCAGAGGCUAGGGUUUGUAGAAGAGACUAUCCUGGCAUCUGAGGCACCAUUAGAGAAGACACGGACACUGUACAGAGAAGCACAGUCACUCGAGAGCAGUAUCGUAUCUGGGUUUCAGCUAGCGACAGCAUCCGGACCGUUAUGCGACGAAGCCAUGUGGGGAUUAGGGUUCACCAUUCAAGCACAGGUUUCUUCUCCUCCACUCACCGAAGAAUCUGAAGCAAACCCGCAACCAGAAAACUUCGGGAUAUUCACGGGACAAGUCAUGACGGCGGUGAAAGACGCCUGCCGAGCUGCAUUGCUCCAGAAACAACCACGUCUGGUCGAAGCCAUGUACUUCUGCGAACUGAACACCCCGCCAGAGUAUCUCGGCCCAAUGUACGCGGUUCUCAGCCGGAGACGGGCCAGGGUUCUCAAGGAAGAGAUGCAAGAAGGGUCGCCGCUUUUCACGGUCCAUGCCUACGUGCCGGUCUCGGAGAGCUUUGGGUUUGCGGACGAGCUGCGAAAGGGAACGUCAGGGGCUGCGAGUGCGCUCAUGGUUCUGAGCCACUGGGAAAUGAUUCAGGAGGAUCCGUUCUUCGUGCCGAAGACCGAAGAAGAGCUCGAAGAGUUUGGGGAUGGAGCCAGUGUUCUUCCCAACACGGCCAGGAAGCUCAUCAAUGGCGUGAGGCGGAGGAAAGGGCUUCACGUGGAGGAGAAGGUGGUUCAACACGCUACCAAGCAGCGGACCUUGGCUCGUAAAGUUUGAAUCGUUUUUUUUCACAAAAAAAAAAAAUUCAUUUCCAAUUUGGGCAGUGUUGACGAGCUUAGGCCCAUUUGUAGUUUAAUGAGGGAAAGUUUUGAAGUCAAUGGGCCUUAAAAUGGGCCUUUGAGACCCAUUUUGUAUUGUUAACCGGACCGGUUCACGUUUGAGACGAGUGAGGUAUACCAAAUUGAAUUUUUGAA